CACUGCGCACUCGCUGCGUGAAAGAGCGCGCUGAACACACGGAGCACACUAUCAGCGCAGCACAGCUGCAAGAGGACGCCAGUGCCGAACAGAUGAGAUGUCGUUUUAGAUCACUAUCACACGUUAAAAGUUUUACACUACUUUGAAGAAGGCGAUUAUCAGAAGUUUUGCGGUGAACGUCACUCGGCGCGUAUCUGGACACUAUGCAUUGUCAAGCAGAGCUGAGAGUCGCGAGCAGCGCGCAGCUGAAAGCCGCCAGAAGACGAUACAAGACCUUCAUGAUCGACGAGAUCCUCUCCAAGGAAACUUGUGAUUACUUCGAGAAACUUUCUCUUUACUCGGUUUGCCCCUCUUUAAUCGUCAGACCCAAACCUCUGCAUUCAUGCUCGGGCUCUGCUCCUCUGAGAUCGUACCCUCUCCUGUCUGUGAUCACACACCAGCCGCCCAGCAGCCUCCCACAGAUCUCUCAGUCGUCUCCUCACCUGCCCCUUCUGUCACCCCAGCACCCGCUGAGCUCAGAGCCCAGUGCCAGGGAGACGCCCGUCAGCAUCAGCAGUGAGUCAGAGACGGAGCACAGCACCCCGCGGCUGAAGAAACCCCGCCGCAGCCGCACCAUCUUCACCGAGCUGCAGCUGCUGGGCCUGGAGAAGAAGUUCCAGAAACAGAAAUAUCUCUCCACUCCAGACAGACUGGACCUGGCUCAGUCUUUGGGACUCACACAGCUCCAGGUGAAGACAUGGUACCAGAACAGACGCAUGAAAUGGAAGAAAAUGGUGCUGAAAGGAGGACAUGAGGCUCCUACCAAGCCCAAAGGCCGACCUAAGAAGAACUCCAUCCCAACCACAGAGGAGAUCGAGGCCCAGGAACAGCUGGCAGCCAAACUAGCGGAGGAGGAGAAGCUACGGUCCGAAGAGGAAGAGGAGGUCUUCCAAUCUCAACCUCAAGAUCUCAGUACGUCCGCUGCGUCUGAAUCCGUCUGUCCAGAAACCCCGGCGCGAGAACAGGCCCCUCCGUCUCCGUCAGAAGCAAUGACGACCAGCUAAACGCAGCCAUGCUGACGCACAACCAAAGACAGCUACUGAAAGACUUUGACGCUCUCUGGACUUGAGCAGUUGAACGGCUUCCCAAGCCUGAUUUUGAGUUGACGGUGGCCUCCAAAAUUGGUACUUUAGACACGCAAAAAUGUGUGAAUGUCAUUGCCAAACAACAAAACAUCAAACCAAGUGGCUUGUAUAACCAGAACAGAUAGAAUAAGCACACUUCUCGAUCAAACAUUUCACUAAAAUAAGCUUUUUUAGGUAUUAAAUGAUAAAACAACCGGACACUGUAUUUGGAUGCAUUCUGGUUGUCAGACUGUGGAUCAUGUUCAUAUCUAGCUAACAAAAAUAUGUUCUAAGAAUGUUUUAAUAACGUUCCCAUUAAGUUAUGAAAACAUUAUUUCUGAAUGUUCUCUGAAUGUUCAAAAUGUCCCGUUUUUUAAAUGUUUUAAAAAUGUCUGUCUUUGGUUGUUUGAAUGUUAAGAGAACAUUCCAUUUUUAUCAUUUAGCAAACAUUAUGGGAAUGUUACUUUUGAAUGUUCUCUGAACAUUCUGAAAAAAAAAAAACAGAAAGAAAGAAAACAGUUCCGUGAACAAUGUAUAAAUGUUUUGUGCUAACGUUUCGAGAGCAUUAUCAAAGGGGAUAGUUCACCCAAAAAAUGAAAAUUCUGUCUUCAUUGACUCAUUCUCAUGUUAUGUCUCAAACCUGUAUGCAUUUCUCUUUUCUGCUGAACACAAAAUAACCUAUUUUAAAGAAUAUUGAUUACAAAACAGUUUUUUGUCCCAUUGACUUCCAUAGCAUUAUUUUUCAUUCAUACUAUGGAAGACAGUGGGGUCCAGGAACUGUUUGGUUACCCACAUUCUUCAAAAUAUGUUUAUUAUGUAUUUCUUUUUUUUAUACUUUUAAGAAGAAAGAAUUUCAGGCGACAGCAUUUUCAACUAAAAACAGUAAACAUUUUAUGUGUUUUGGCCUUUCAUUUACACAACAACAGCAUUUGGGGGGCCUGAAAACUUUUGGAAAACCUUUGGAAAUGGGUUUCGAACUGCUCUCAAAGGGUUCAAAGUUUUUUUUUUUUUGAAAACCGCCAUCAUCCCACGUAAACUACAAAAAUGUACAUUUUUGGAAAUGGUGAUGCCAUGUGUAUUAUGUGUUUAGUCUAUAAGUAUAUGUACACAGACACACAGUAUAACAAAGUGGCAUCGCCAACUACUGGUCUGGCAUGUAUAAACAGCGUUUUUAGUCAUUACAUUUUUUAGUCAUUGGCAAUGUUGUCAUCUGUAUGCGAAACUUUUCAGAAACACAAAGGAAAAACGUUUCAAUUUUAGCACACAGUUGUAAUGUAAACAUACCCUCAUACAGGUUUGGAAGAAGAGUAAAUGAUGACAGACUUUCGGGCAAAUUACCCUUUCAAAGACUAGAUAACUUUGAACAAAUGUUACUGGAUGAACAUUAUGAACGUUCCCUGUUGGCUGGAUAGUUCACCUGUGGACUUCAUAUACCCACUAAAAAUGAAAUUGAGCCCAUUUGCAGAUUUUAUCAAACGCAAUGACAUGCAAGCAUUUUAUAGUAUGCCUAAGUGUCCAGUUACUUUCCACUAUAUAUGGUGAUGCAGUGAUCAACAUUGCUUUAAAUGUUUCUGUCAUACAGCUGCCUCUCUGAAAUGCAUUUUAUAAAAAAUUUAAAGCCAUUAAUAUGCUGCCAGAUACGCCAACGUAUAAAACCGAAUCACACAGACUGACUUUCUCGCUCCAAUACAGCACGUUCUAUAUGGACAAACAGUAAGUGUUUAUUUUUUUCUGGGUACGUUCCUCUCUUUCCCUGUAUAUAUUACCUGUUUAAUUGCGCCUGUAGUUUACGGUGCACCUGUGUACUGUAGCUUGGGAUUUUGUGCCAAAACACAUAUAUCUGAGAAGCUAAAGUGCCCUUUGAGGUUUCUUUUUUUUUUUUUUUUUUACACAUCCAUGAAGCUGCUGCCAUUAAAAGUUAAUAGGACGGGUUAGUACGAAUACCAGUGUAAACAUGUACAGAGUUCUGGAUUUCACAUGAGAAAAAUGUUGCUCUUUUUAAAGCAGGAUUGUCCAGUUUGGGUAAAGAUUAGCUUUAUCCAUUCAACAUCUCAAUGGAUAAAGAAUCUGUCAACUUAGUAUAGAAAAAGAGCAUAAAUUUUGAGAAAACAUUAAAGGUAGUAUUGGUUUAAGUAAACCUUCCAAAGUGCCCUCUCUCUGCCAAACGGCAAUGUGUUUUCUCUGUUCUUGUUUGCAGAGAAAAAUUGUUUCUUUUGUUCAUUUUAUGCGUGGCAUGCUUCGACUUUGUUGUAUUUCAACCGAAUCCUUUCUUCAAAUCACCUUUGUGUGUGUGUAUAACCUUUGCACGGCCGCUUAGCACUAUUCUUUGAGGCUGAAACACAUGAUAUAUGAACUCCCAGAUGGAUCAUGCUAGCUAUUGUAUGUUUCGUCCCAUUUUAUUCCCUUUGAAUGAAAAAACGUUGAACCCUUUUCCCCCACUGUGGAGUGGCGCAGUAUGACACCACUAAGUGCAGGCUGGUUUUAUUACUGUAAGAAAAACCACUUAAUCUGUCAGGGACGCAAAGCAAUUAAUAAAUCAAACUCGCACUAGUAAAACCUGCAAAAAAAGCACGAAAAUCUGUGGGACAUGUCGAAGCCCGCGGGAGCUCUGCACAUGGCUACAGCUGACUGACGGCCCACGAAUACAUCAUCACAGCCUCCUCUAUCCUGCAUGUCAUAAGCUCCGUUUCCAACCGUUGCUGCCUUUUGCAAAGAUUUUAUUUGUAUAGUUUUUUUUUUUUUUCUGUUUGGCUAACAACAGAUAUUGAAAAUAUAUUCCUUCUUUGAUAUAAAAAAAAACACUAUUUUUCUGGUGUACAUACUGAAUUUUAUUGGGUGAGUAGUUAUUUUGUAUUCUUUUGUUUUGGAGGAGAAGACUAUAUAGUUAGAUAUUUGACAAGAAUCCCUUUUUCACCCAAACAUUCUGUAAUUUUUAUUGUAUGUGCGUGUGUUUGCAUAUUUAAUAACAUUUAAUAAA